GUUCGACCUCUGCAGUCGGUAAGUGUGUAAUGGCAGUUUGAAUGAGGCGCAUAUCUCUAUAAAUCCAUUUUCAUCCUCUCUCUUAACGUCACAUCGCAGCUCUCAAAGAGACCCGGGCUUCAACCAGAUUCGACCGAACCGGUUAAAACAUCCUAAAAUAGAAAAUGUACGCCUGUGCAAAGUUCGUCUCCACGCCGGCUCUGGUCCGUGCUGGUUCCCGGGCUCUUUACAGACCCCUCUCUGCCUCGGUGCUGUCCAGGCCUGAGCUCAAAACAGAGAGCAGUGUUGCUGUGAUGCCACAGAGCCCCCUCGCCCAGGUCACACUCAGGGGCAUUCAGACCAGCGCCAUCAGCAGGGACAUUGACACCGCCGCCAAGUUCAUCGGAGCUGGAGCUGCCACAGUUGGAGUAGCUGGAUCUGGGGCUGGAAUUGGGACCGUGUUCGGCAGCCUCAUUAUUGGCUAUGCUAGGAACCCAUCUCUGAAGCAGCAGCUGUUCUCGUAUGCCAUCCUGGGAUUUGCCCUGUCUGAAGCCAUGGGACUGUUCUGUUUGAUGGUUGCUUUCCUUAUCCUGUUUGCUAUGUAAAACUCUGCUGUCAUUCAACACUUUCACUACAUAUUUUAUUGUGGCUACUAAGUGUUCCGUGUUGGUGUCAUGGAAAUGUACAUUUUCAAGACUUUCAGACACUGUUGACGCAACGCAUGUAUUGUACAAAUGUAAGAAAUUACGCAAUUAAAAUACAUGUAUUGGACUAUUUAACAAUGGUGCUAAAGUUUAUGUCUGAAAUAUCAUGCUAGCAUAAUAGAAAGCAGUCACCUUUUGUGAAUGUCAUCUUUUCUGUGAAGCAGUGGCUUGCCUUAGCUUAGCCUUGUUCUCUUGGCACACCCCAUGAAAGCUUUCUGGAUGCCACCUGGGUUUAGAUGCAGUUAAAUGGUACUGUGAUAAGGCAGCAAGUGGGUGCUUGCUUUUAUAAAUGGCUUAAAUAAAUCUAGAGGAUUUAAUUAAGCUAAA